CGCACACACACACAUGCACACGGGGACACGAUGAGGGCCACCAUCCUCUCCGUGCUGCUCCUCUGCUCAACCACCUUCAUCCUCGGAGUAACAGCCGACGCCAAGUGCGAUGUGAGCGGAGAGGUUGGAGACAGGGUGCCCAUUGAUCUGGGUUAUCCGUACACCAAAGCAGAAGAUGAACUGGUCUGGAAACGCAGCACAGUGACAAUCAUUAAGCAAAAGAAAGGAAAACUCGUAACAGGAAAAGAAGGAGAUGUAGAGGAUAAUGGAUCCCUUGUCCUGCACAAUGUGACGAUGGAGCAGAAAGGAGAAUAUUCUGCUGAAGUGUUUAACAGUGGUGGAAAACAGGUGUACUCAGUAACGAAGAACUUGUGCGUGAGAGAGAAAGUUUCGAAACCCGGCAAGCCCUCGUUCACGUGCUCGGAUUUCUCGGUCAAACUGACCUGCAGUGCGCAGGGCACCAGCUCGGACAUCGUGUGGCUGAAGAACAACAAAGAGACGAAGAAGACGGGCACAGCUCUGAUUCUGAAGCUCACCGAAAUAACGGCAGCUGAUGAAUUCUCCUGCAGCAUCUCAAACAAAAUCCGUUCGGCGCAGAGCGACGCCGUCAAGGUGUCAUGUCCAGGUCUCACUCCAGAACGAAAACUCUUCGGCUUGGACAUGUACAUCAUGAUAGCGAUCCUCGCGGGAGGAGGCGGCCUGUUCCUCAUCCUCGUCGGGGUCCUGGUCUUCUGCUGCUUCCGCCGCUACAGGCAGAACAAGAACCGGUUUAGAGAUGAGGAGGAGCUCCGACUGGCCGCCGUCACCCAGCAGCAGCAGCAGCAGCAGAAGCGGCAGGAGCAGCGGCACCAGGAGCAGGAUCCGUACGCGCACCCGCACGGGCAGCACCGGCACCAGGCGCCCCCGCGAGGACACGCGCCGCCCUGCCCCCACCCGCAGAACGGAGACGGACAGACGCCGGCGCCGCCCAGGUCGAGAGGCAAACCCCGCUCCAGACCGCCGCCGGUGCCCGCCGAGGACGGGGCGGAGGAGCAGCCGCCACCCCGACCCAGGCCGAGGCAGUCGGCGCCCCGGCACAACCGCUAG